CGUUGUUCCCCUUCCUUGGGGCUGCUGACGUGGCCGCCGUGACAACCAUGAGACCGGCAGGGCCAGCCUCUCAGUGGCCACACCCUGUGUGUCUGUACUUACAGCGCCAUGGGCUCCAUCUACACACUUGGGACCAGAUCGAGAAGACGCCAUGACUCCCACCCUCAGGGCCCUGCUCUGCCUCGGUGAGAUGGGAGGGGAGAGGGGAGCCCUGGUCUGUCAGGACCCCAGGACUCAGGAGCCUCAUGGGGAGGAGGGUGCUUCUCAGGGUUCAGGGCAAAUCUCUCACAGGGACUCUCUUCCAGGGCUGAGUGUGGGCCUCAGGACCCCGGUGCAGGCAGGGCCCCUCCCCAAGCCCACCCUCUGGGCUGAGCCAGCCCCUGUGAUCCCCCGGGGGAGCCCCGUGACCAUCUGGUGUGAGGGGACCCCAGGGGCUGAGGAGUACCGUCUGGAUAAAGAGGGAAGCCCAGCACCAUGGAAAAGAGAGAAGCCACUGGAUCCCAGAGACAAGGCCAAGUUCUCCAUCACACAAUUGACAGAACAUGAUGCUGGGAGAUAUCGCUGUUACUAUCACAGCCCUGCUGGCUGGUCAGAGCGCAGUGACCCCCUGGAGCUGGUGGUGACCAUAGGAUCCUUCAGCACACCCAGCCUCUCAGCCCUGCCCAGCCAUGUCGUGACCUCAGGAGGAAACGUGACUCUCCAGUGUGGCUCAUGGGAGGGAUUUGGCAGGUUCAUUCUGACUGAAAACGGAGAUCACAGGCUCUCCUGGACUUUGGACUCAGAGCCACAGCCCAGUGGGUGGUUCCAGGCCCUGUUCCCUGUGGGCCCUGUGACCCCCAACCGCAGGUGGAUGUUCAGAUGCUAUGGUUAUUACAGGAACAGGCCCUUGGUGCAGUCACACCCCAGUAACUCCUUGGAGCUCCUGGUCUUAGGAUCCUCUGUGGACCACAGCACCCUACCCCCAAAGCUCCCCUCCACGGCUGGUCUUCAAAACUACCAUGGAAUUCUGAUCGGAGUCUCUGUGGCCUUCAUCCUGCUGCUCUUCCUCCUCCUCCUCCUCUUCUUCCUCCUCAAGCAUCGGAACAAACGCAGGAGGUCAGGUGAGUAGAGGAUGGGGAGACCUUGUCUACCUGAGAGGAUUUCCAUGUAAGUACAGUCGUGACAGGUGGGGUCCUGCGUGGAGGUAGCAGGGGUGCUCCCGGAACCUGGGGGACCAUGCUGGUGAGGGAGCCAUGAGAAGGUGUCCUUGUCAGCCUGCAGUCGAGAGCAGUGGGGAGUGGGCAUGGUGGUGAGGAAUGGGGGUGGCAUUGAAGUGGUUGGGAGUUUCAUUGCUUUGAGAAAGAAAACACGUAAAGGUGUGGGGUGAAAUGCCUGUGAAGAAUUUAAAAAUGUGCAAAGACAGUUGGCUAGGAAAAACUGAGGCAUUCAUUGGAAUUGAAGAUGUCAGUAUUGUUACUGAAUACAAGUUUGGCUUCCUGCUGUGACGGAAGCUGAGGCAGGUGAGACAGGUGCUGGUGGAAAGGAUAGACGUUUUAUUCAUGUGAAGAUGAUCUGAGAAGUUGGCAGACUCCUGUCCUAAAAAACCAACCAUCUUAAUAUCUCUGGUCAAGUCGGUGACUUUUUAAAGAAGAGGGAAGGGAAGUGGGGACAUGUAGGCAGUGUUCUUGCUGGUGCCAACAAAGAUCUUGGUAGCAGCAUGCUGACUCUUUCAGUAUCAGUCGCUCUGCUCCUAUCUGAACAGGAACCGGAACUGAUGCAAUGUACUAAAAUAGAAGCUAAAAUAGAGGUUGUUACGGAAAAAAAAAGGUUGUUCCUGUUUUUGUUUCAACAGACUUGUUUGUUUAUUGGUUAGCACAGUUAAUUCUGGUUAGUACAAUAUUGCGUAAAGAUUAUACGCUUUUCAUUCUGUUAGAGUGUGACCUAAUUACAAAUUAUAUAUAUACUGAGUGGCCAGAUUUUUAUGACCACCACUAAUUUGCCUACAAAAUUUGUGCAUUGGGU